AUGCGGAUCAUCGGUGGGCUCCGGGUUGGCACGGAUACUCGCUGGGUCCGAAACGUCCGCAAACGUCCACCUUGGCACCGUCCACAGCUGGAAUGCGAGGGUCAUCGGCGGGACCAGGCCAGUACAGCCAAUGGGGGCGUCCCAGUUCUCACAGUCGCCACAUCGACACUCAUCUCCCACCCCUUCCCGUCCAGCCGGUGGUCCCAAGCAGGUUUACAGAUCUUACUUCCCACUUCGGACACCAUGGUAUUCGCCAACAAGUUGUCCACCUCCUCUGUGGCCCUGAAGGUGACCGAGGAAGACUCUCAUGUGACUGAUGGCCCCGUUGCUGACCCCAGUGAAGUGGCCACGGAGGAGGAGGAGGACGAGGACCCCUGGACUCUGCCCGCCCUUCAAGACGCCGGCCCUGCCUGGAAGGAGCUCGAUGGCAUCGGGAAACUGCGUCGAGUCCUGCUCGCCAUCCUGAGGGGCUUCCUUCUGCUUGUGCUGCUCUACGUCUUCAUCUGCUCCCUCGAUGUCCUCAGUUCGGCGUUCCAGCUGGUGGGAGGAAAGGCGGCCGGUGACAUCUUCAGUGACAAUGAAGUGCUAUCCAACCCGGUGGCAGGGCUCGUCAUUGGGGUGCUGCUGACCGUCCUGGUGCAGAGCUCCAGCACGUCCUCCUCCAUCAUCGUCAGCAUGGUGUCAUCAGGCCUGCUGACCGUCACCACGUCAAUCCCCAUCAUCAUGGGCGUCAAUGUUGGGACUUCGGUCACCAGCACCCUGGUGUCACUGGCGCACUCUGGGGACCGGAACGAGUUUCGCAGGGCCUUUGCUGGCUCGGCGGUUCAUGGCCUCUUUAACUGGUUAACUGUGCUCAUCCUCCUGCCAGUGGAAGUUGGCACUCACUAUCUGUACCACCUGACCAGCGCCAUCGUGGACACCUUCAACAUCCAAUCAGGCGAGACGGCCCCAGACAUCCUGAAGGUGAUCACCGAGCCCUUCACACAUCUGAUCAUCCAGCUUAACAAAGAGGUCAUCGCCGGACUUGGCACGGGCAGCCCGGAGAUCGGCAAUCAGAGUUUGAUUCUUCACUGGUGUUUGACCCAGAAUGUCACGCUCCUCAAGAACGUCACGGUGUCCAACGCUACUGAGUGCGCCAUCUAUGAGUGCUUUGGGUCCGAUGACAACCAAGUGGCUCUUAAAAACGUCACCGAGAUACAACCCGUGAAGGCCUGUACCCACAUCUUUGCCCACACAACCCUUCCAGACAUGGCGGUGGGCUUCAUCCUCCUCUUUGCCUCCCUGCUGGUCCUCUGCGGCUGUCUGAUGCUCAUCGUCAAGCUGCUCAAUUCGGUGCUGCGGGGGCAGAUUGCACAGGCCAUCAAGAAGGUCAUCAACGCAGAUCUGCCAUUUCCCUUUGGUUGGGUGAACGGCUAUUUGGCCAUCUUGGUUGGCGCCCUGAUGACCUUCAUCUUACAGAGCAGCUCCGUCUUCACGUCAGCCAUCAUUCCGCUCAUCGGAAUCGGGGUCAUCAGCCUUGAGCGGGUCUACCCUCUAUGCCUGGGGUCCAAUAUUGGUACCACCACCACUGCCAUGCUGGCCGCUCUGGCCAGCCCUGCUGAGAAGCUGCGGAGUUCUCUUCAGGUUGCCCUAAUCCAUUUCUUCUUCAACUUGACUGGCAUCGUCCUUUGGUAUAUCAUCCCCGUGAUGCGACUGCCUAUUCCUUUGGCCAAGAAGUUUGGAAACAUCACUGCCAAGUAUCGCUGGUUUGCCGUCCUCUACCUGCUCCUCAGCUUCUUCCUGCUGCCCGCUGCCAUCUUUGGCCUGUCUAUAGCGGGCUGGCCGGUCCUCGUGGGAGUGGCAGGUCCCAUCGUUCUGCUGGCUGCUUUCAGCUCUGUGGUGACUUUGUGCCAGCGCAGAUGCCCGCAGUAUCUGCCCCACUGCCUCCGGACCUGGGACUCUCUACCCCUCUGGAUGCACUCCUUGGAGCCUUGGGACCAUCUCGUGUCACAGUGCCAACGUCACUGCUGCUGCUGCUGCCGCUGCUGUACGAAGAAGGUGCCAGCCGGUGUAGAAGAUGGCAGUGACAGCAAAUGUGAAAGCACCGAGCUGCACGCGUAUGACAACCCGGCGGCAGAGCCCAGCGCCGAGGGGGUCUAA